GGGGGCGCAGUAGAGAAUCUGGAUUUCUGAGCCACAGAAGAAGGCUCUGACUGAAGUUUACUAGCUUAGUGAGUUGAAUGACAUUUGUGCAAGUUUAUUAUAGUGUGUCGUGUUUUGACAACAACGCACCUGAUCGUUGGAAUAGAGCACCAUUGCUCUGGCCUUAUUUGCCUCGACAACACUGUGAAAAAUGCGGGAUCGGACAAAAGAAUUAGGAAAUAAGGCUGAGUCCUCGGAUGAAGAUGAGGAGGGCAGAGCGCUCGUGGUCAAGCCUGGACCCUCUUCAGCCAAAGAGGACAAGGAGAACGAAACCUUCUUCAAAAAGGCUCAAGAGAUCCAAGAGGGCCUGCAGAGCCUGAAGAGAAUGGUUUCUGACCUUGAGAACAAGCAGAAAACUGUCCUGGGUGUGGCUUUACCCGAAGACAGUAUGAAGAAAGAGCUUCAGACUCUGAGAGAUGCAAUCAAAACAAUGGCUGGACAAAUACAGAAAAAACUAAAAAGCAUUGAACCUAAAAAGGGAGAAAAUGGUGAUGGGACAUAUAUAUCCAUAAGUACUAGGAUUCAGCGGACACAGCACGGCGUUUUAUCCAAGGAGUUUGUUGAGUUGAUGGGCCACUGCAACACCAUUCAGGCUCAAUACAGGGAUCGUAAUGUGGAACGGAUACAAAGGCAACUUAAAAUAACUGGGACCAAUGUCACAGAUGAAGAGCUUGACACUAUGUUAGAAAGUGGACAAACUGAUGUCUUCACUCAAAAUAUCUUGAAUGAUGCCAAAGCUACAAAACAGGCUCUAAAUGAGAUUGAGUCCAGACAUGAUGAAAUUCUUAAAUUGGAGAAGAGCAUACGGGACCUGCACGAAAUGUUUCAGUACCUCGCAAUGGAGGUGGAGGCACAGGGAGAAAUGGUUGACAGGAUUGAAACGAACAUCAAACAAUCUUCUAACUAUGUGGAAAAAGCUAAAGAAAAUACAGCGAAGGCAGUUACAUAUCAAGCUAAGGCACGCAAGAAGAAAAUGUGGAUUGCAGUGUGCUUAGCCAUCUUGAUUCUCAUCCUAGUCAUCUCGUUGUUUUCUGCUUUUGGUUAGAUUUGGUAACACAGGUGGGUUUGUACCAUCACCUAUAGGCUCUUAAAAAGUCUUUUAUAUUUGAGCCAACAGGAUGAACAGAUGAAUUUUGAGUUUCAUCCUUUGGCUUAGUUCAAAUUUUCCCUGUGUUUAACCCUUAUGUCACAUUGUGGGUCUUUUUUAUUUGUUUGGAGAUGUGGCGUCAUAAAGUGGAUCUUGUUUCACAUAUUACAAAGUUUAAACAAUCUAAUUUGUUUAUACAUUUUAAAUCUAAAACUGCUGGCUUGUACAAUAGGAUUUAAGGAUUAAAAACUGUUACAGCGGUGUACCCUCUCCUUUUUUAUUAAGGGGAUUUAAGUGGCCUUAUUAUAGGCAGACUGCAGUAUUCGACACUGGCGCUGAUCAUACUGUACUCAGGAAAUAUUUGUUGAUUUUUUUUAAUUUUUAUUAUUAUUAAGUUAAUUGGAAAUUUAAAGUUUUAUACAGUAUGAAUUUUAGCUAUAGGGAAACUAAUAUAAUUGUACAUAACCUCACUGUUGAGACAUACUUUUAUCAAUAUAUAAGACUUGAAAGGUUUUUAAAAUGCCUGUAUGUAACAAGUGUAAAUAUGUUUUGCUAAUUAACAAUUCAUCUGCUUUUAAGUGUAUAAAAGUUUCCUAAUGUCUUCCUCUGCCACUUUUUGUAUCCACCUUAAUUGUAUUUACCAUUGGAAAUGUAGCUGCUGCAGAGAUGGUGGCAACAAGGCAAACUUGUAAAACCGUGCCUUCUCCCUGAUCUGAAGCACUGCACUGAAUUUGAAAAGGAUAGAGUGACUUACGCAAUUCACAGCAAUAGUUUUAACACUUUUUCCUUUUAUCCUGAGAGAUUUUAUUUUACAGUUGUCAUAUUGUUCAUUAUGUUUUAUAUAUUUAUUUUUCACUACUUCAAUGAUGGUAGAUCAGGCUACUUUUGGACCACACUCUAGCCAAUGUUUUUUUCUCAUAGAUUGAUUGGCGUAGGCACCUGUUUAUCAGCAGUAGCUAAACGCUUUAUGAAAUAAUGAGAAUCGAACAAAACCUUGACAUUAUAGCUUCUAUGUAGUUGCAGUACUGUUAUGGAAAUACUCAUUUAACAUCCGUUUUUAAAAUAAAUUCCACCAUGCUAUAUUACACCUGUCUCUUGUAUGUUUAUUUUACACUUCAGUUUAAAAAUAAAACUUAAGA